UAUCAGCUCACCUGUCUGCUUGGCUUUUUAGAAGUGACAGGAACUUGCUAUAAGGAUUAACCUGGAUUGUGUUUUGUGGUGUCAUAAUCAAACAGCUGCUAAAAAGGACAUAGCAAUGGAGUGGAGGAUUAUAGUACCUGUUCUGUGUCUGAUUGGAAUCCUACAUGUGCCAGGAAAUGCUGCUCAGAACGACAAUGCCACCAGUGCCAACACCACUACUGCUGCAGGUGUAACUACAAAUCAAACUGUAAUUACAAAUCAAGCUACAAAUACUAGUCAAACUGCAGCUUCAAACCAAACUGCAACUACAAAUCAAGCUACAAAUACUAAUCAAACUGCAGCUUCAAACCAAACUGCAACUACAAAUCAAGCUACAAAUACUAGUCAAACUGCAGCUUCAAACCAAACUGCAACUACAAAUCAAGCUACAAAUACUAAUCAAACUGCAGCUUCAAACCAAACUGCAACUACAAAUCAAGCUACAAAUACUAAUCAAACUGCAACUACAAACCAAACUGCAACUACAAAUCAAACUACAAAUACUAGUCAAACUACAACUACAAACCAAACUGCAACUACAAAUCAAGCUACAAAUACUAGUCAAACUGCAGCUACAAACCAAACUGCAACUACAAAUCAAGCUACAAAUACUAAUCAAACUGCAACUACAAACCAAACUACGAUUCCAGCUACAACAGUCUCUACACCAGUCACUACACCUGCUAAAACCACAUCACUCAAUUUAGUAUUCAGUCUUACUCAAACCUUCAAGGAAGUGUACGCCAAUCUGAGUGAUCCUGAGACCAAACAGCUGGCAAAUGAUAUCAUCAACACGUUUUCUCCAACUUACAAGAAAAAAUUUAACAACUUCCUCAGCAUGAAAAUUCGAAAAUUCAGUAAGGGCUCCGUUGUGACGGAUUCUGUGCUUGAGUUUGACACCACAAACAACACUACUCCUAAUAUUACAGCAGUGAAAGACACCUUUACUGAAGCAAUUAAAACUGGAAAUUUAACAGUUGAUAACACAUCCAUCAGUGUUAUCGAUAUCACAGCCAAUGAUUCAACUACGACACCAGUCUCUGUGACAACAGUCUCUACCACAGCAGUCUCUACGACAGCAGGCUUGAAUCUUUCUGAGUAUAAUGUGACCUUUAAAAUGAAUGAAACCUUUAGCAAUGAUCUGUCAGAUAUCAACUCUUUUCAAGCCGUAGCUCUGGCAAAGAAGAUCGCUGAUCAGUUUGAUGGAGUUUUCAAGAAACGUUUUUUCGGCUUUGUUCGCACGUUCAUUUGGCGGUUCAGGAAUGGCUCCAUUAUUGUAGAUGCUCUAUUGGGAUUUAACAAAACUGCCAACAAUCCUACAGCGGCAGAGGUGGUUAAAGUCAUAGCUGACAGUGCUACAAAUGGGUCAUUCACAUUCACAGUUGGUUCACUAGCUGUUGUAGACCCAUCAGGAAACACUGAUUCAACUACGACAACAGUCUCUGUGACAACAGUCUCUACCACAGCAGGCUUGAAUCUUUCUGAGUAUAAUGUGACCUUUAAAAUGAAUGAAACCUUUAGCAAUGAUCUGUCAGAUAUCAACUCUUUUCAAGCCGUAGCUCUGGCAAAGAAGAUCGCUGAUCAGUUUGAUGGAGUUUUCAAGAAACGUUUUUUGAGCUUUGUUCGCACGUUCAUUUGGCGGUUCAGGAGUGGCUCCAUUAUUGUAGAUGCUCUUUUGGGAUUUAACAAAACUGCCGAAAAUCCUACAGCGGCAGAGGUGGUUAAAUUCAUAGCUGACAGUGCAACAAAUGGGUCAUUCACAUUCACAGUUGAUUCACUAAGUGUUGUAGACCCAUCAGGAAACACUGCUAACAGGUCUCCGGUCCUGGCUAGUAUGCUGACGGCUUUGUGGAUGACCCUAGCAUCACUCGUGGUGUCAGCUGUGAUGCACUAAACACACAAAAGGAAGGUGGCAUCUCUGAUAUUUUCACAUUCAGAAUCAGCAAGUCAUAAAGCAAAACAAGCCAAGUUAUGAUCUAGCUGUAACAUUUACUAGUCUUUCUUGCCACAUAUAGAGCCAUGGUGAUACAUAUGGUAUGGUAUUUUGGUUUCUUUGGUUUACAAAAAACAUGUUGUUUAUGUGUACACUGAAUGGAAGAAAGAAUGAGGAUUGGUUUACUGGAACCAAAUCUGAAGAUUUCUUUAUGACACAGGAAUGGUACAAGUGAAAGUUACCUAUAGAGUUUAUAUGAUGUAAUUCAAAAUUGAGAUAGUUUUGCUCUUCUGAAAAUGGAUUGAACAAUAAAAUAUUAUUAUAUUUACCAAUGUAUUAAUUCGAUUCUGAAGAUGUGAAAUCUAUGUAUUUAAUCUUUAAGUAAAUGAAAAAUGUUCUGAUAAAUGCUCUGUAUUAUGUUUUAUGAAGUUCUUUUGUGUUUAAUAAAAUGAAGGUGGAAUCCUGUUCGGUUUGUAAAUUCAGUGCUGCAAAAACUUUACAAAUAAAGACUGUAUCUAGAUUAA